AUGAAACGUUUUCUUCAUGCCACUGACUAUCCGAAUCUAACUGAACUUAAAAUUCAUCAUUUCGAACAAAAAUUCGCUUUAGGUUAUCUUACAAAUGAACCAUCACUUCGAUCUAUUUUCCAAGAACAAAUUACAAACCUUACUCUAAUCAAUGAUGAUGAAGACGAAAUCAUAUGUUCAUUGAAAAAUUAUACUACAAACGUAUAUAAUCACAUCUUGACCUUCUUCAAAAAUUUAAAAGAAUUAAGUAUCAUGGGACCAUCUGCUAUAUCAAUGUAUCCAGGUUUAUCACUUUGUUAUUUGCCAUCGACUACUUUUUCAUCUCCGAUUCUUACUCAUUUAUAUAUCAAUGUAAAAACUUUUGAUGAUUGUCUUUAUUUACUUGAUGGUCGACUUAGAAAAUUGACAACAUUGUGUGUUAAUAUCUAUUCUAUAAACGAGUAUUCAAGAGUUGUUCACAAUAUGGAUAAAUUAUUUAAUCUAAAAUGUUUCUCAUUAAAAUCGUUCUUUCGAUAUAAACAAUAUGAUAAAAUUGUAUCACUUCUUCGUCGUAUGUUAAAUCUGGAAAAAUUAACUUUAUACCUUCCUAUAGAAGAUCGAAAUACAGUGAUUGAUGGUACUUAUGUUCAACAUGAUAUUUUGGAUUAUAUGCCACAACUUCAUUCAUUCACUUUCUAUAUUUGUACUUUUGUGAAAACAGUUGAUUUAUCCUACAAGUUAUCUAGUGAAGAUAUUCAACAAACAUUAACAAAUAUUGGACAAGAACAUGUCACGAGUAUAGUCAAUUAUAUUCAAGGUGGGAUAGUUGCAUGCUCGAUUUUCUCACUUCCUUUUGAAUUUGAUUAUCUCAAACAUCUUGGCAAUAAAUUUCCAAAUAUUGUAUUUAGUUAUGUUACGCUUUUACUUGUAGAAGAUACUAAUCCAUUCAAACAUGAAUUUUUCAUUCGAAUUGGCCGAUCGUUUCCAUUACUGAAGUAUUUACGUAUUUUUAAUAGUGAAUCACAAGUAUUAGAUGGUCUUAUGACAUUUUCAUCUGACAAUUGUCAAUUACACCCAAUUAUUGAAUACUUUCAUCUGACUAGACUCGAUGUGAGAUAUGCACAUAGAGAUUAUGUUGAACAAUUUCUAAAUGAAACAAAGACAUUCAUACCUUGUCUGACGGUAUUUGAAGUCGAUGUUGAUGAUUUAAAAGCUGUAACAAAACGUUUUACAAGAGAAGAAACACGACGCAAUUGUGCUAAGGUGGAACGAAUAGAGACGCGAGGAGGAUUGUUUUAUUCGGAAGAUGUUUUUCUUUAUUUUCCUUCAUUGUAUUAG